AUGCGGUGCACGUCGGGACACGUGUUUCUGACGAGUUUGCUGAUACUACUUCGAGCACGCCGAGCAAACGCAGCCCCGGAGGAUUCACCUGAAUUUCAGAACAAAGCGCCGUUGAAGUUGGUCUGGGCCAGCGAAGGAGAAGACGUGGAAUUACCGUGCGACAUCACUCCGCCGACACCGACCGACGUUGUGAACAUGGUGCUUUGGUUCAGAGAUUCUGAUGGAAUACCUCUGUACAGCUUGGACGCGAGAAGCGGAGAUCUCUCUUCCGCCAUUCACUGGGCGGUCAGCGAUGAUCUGGGCAAGAGGACGUACUUUCAGAUCGGGGACGGCCAACGAGCAAAGCUGAAAGUCACCAAAGUUAUGUACAAGGACCAAGGAAUCUUCAGAUGCCGGGUAGACUUUAUCGAUUCCCCGACACGGAAUUUUCUAGUGAAUCUUACGCUAGUGGAGGAACCAUCCAAGCCUGUGAUAUACAAUGCCCAGGGGCGAGAAGUGACAGGAGUUGGCGGACCGUUUCUCCAGGGUUACAACCUCGCCUUGACCUGCCAAGUAUCCGGAGGACGACCAAGACCAUCCGUGACGUGGUGGAAAGACGGCGAGAUUCUGGACGGUGUCGUCGACACAGUUUCCAUCGGUGCACCCAGCAAAUUCACGGUGAACCACCUUUUCAUCGAUAAAGUGACGAGAUCGUUGUGGGGCACCAAACUCGAGUGCAGAGCUCAAUCGGCGCCAAUGUCGGCACCGAUCGUGAGGGAAGUUCCUCUGGACAUUUACCUGAAGCCGGCGGUCGUGAAAAUCAUCCUGAGCGAAGAACAGAUUUACGCGGGUCGACCGAUCGCAGCGCGCUGCGAAACGUGGGGAAGUUCGCCGGCAGCCAGGAUCGUUUGGAGGUUGGGCGAGCAGGUGAUCGGCGAACCAAACGUGUCCACCACGCAGAGGAGCAAUUCUACGGUCAGCAAGUUGGCGUUGGCCCUCGGGAAGGACGACGAUGGCAAGGAAUUAACUUGUCGAGCCGAAAAUCCCAGAUUUCCCGGUGGAAACCUCGAGCAAACGAAAGUGCUAAGCGUUGCCUAUGCCCCUGUGGUCGCCAUUCACCUUGCUACCGGUUACGUUCUGGACACACUGAGGGAAGGGGAUGAUCUAAAGUUGGUCUGCAACGUGGAGAGUAACCCGCUUUCGACCAAGGUCAUAUGGUACCAUAACGGUAAUCGAUUGGAGCACGACGUGGCCACUGGAACGUUGAUUGCCUCGAACACGUUGACUUUAAGGAUAUUGACUCUGGCGCACGGUGGCCAGUACUCCUGCGGAGCGAUCAAUUCCGUGGGGGAGGGAGGCAGUCCACCGAUCUUCAUUCGCGUCAAAUAUGCUCCGAGAUGCCGAGUGGGUUACGAGCGGCAGGAGAUCGCGGCUAGUCGUCGCGAGACGGUGUCGUUGCGAUGCGAGGUCGACGCGAUUCCGACGGAUGUCGUGAGAUUCUCUUGGACGUACAACGGGACGCGCGGUGACGUGUUACCGAUGCAGAACUCCAAAGCUCGGAAUAACGGGCUCGUUAGCGUUCUCGAGUACACUCCUACCGCUGACACCGACUUUGGAACUCUCGCUUGCUGGGCAAGCAACAGCAUCGGCAGACAAAGGACGCCCUGUAUAUUCAACAUCGUACCGGGUAAGGCACCGCAGCCACCGUUCGACUGUUCCCUGCAGAACGAGACCAGCUCGUUGGAAGUGAACUGUGUCCCUGGCGCGGAUGGUGGUUCGCCGCAGUACUUUUUGUUGGAAGUUCGUGGUGCCCCGAGGAACCCCAGGGUCGUUCAGGUGAACGCAGCCACGCUUCACGCGCCCCAAAGCGAUCAGGGAGCGGUCGGAGAAGUGCCGGCUAUAUACCAAGAAAAGAAUAUGAUGCCCAAUUUUCAACUGCACGAUCUUGAACCUGGCGUCGAUUACACGUUAUACGUGUACGCGGUAAACGGUCAAGGCAGAAGCGAACCUGCGCUUCUGGAGCACGUUAGCGUGGUUGAACCGAUCGGUGGAAGAUUGGAGAGAACCGGGACUGGAAUCUUCUUGGACGAUCUGAAGAAAGCGUUGCCGAACGCCAACUCGGAGAACCUGAUCAUCGUGAUCGCCCUGACAGGUACAGGAGCGGUUGCUUUGAUCCUGAUUGGCAUCGGUGUGAUCAUUGGACUGGCUAUAUGCAGAAGGAGAAACGGUUCCCCUGUCAAAGAUGGUCCGGACGAUUUCACAACCCCUACUUACGUCUCAGCUCAAAGAAUCGAGCCAAGGAUCAGAUACUCGGGCGAUGGCAGACGUUCCCAAAGAACGAGUCUAUACGUCGAGGAUAGUCGAAACGAACCGGAUCUCCUGCAAAGAGUCGAGAUCGAUAUGCACAACUAA